CGGGGACACGACGCAUCCUGCUCCAGCCCCGCAUGCUUAGCUGAAGGGGUAUUAGCCAUAACGCUGGAGGCUCAGUCAGAGUCCGCCGUCUGCUGUGGAGGACGCUGCUUAUCAUGGGGAGCACCAAGAGGGUAGGAAACCUAUGGAACAGGAGGCAGAGCCUCUUCCCAAACUACAAAGUCACGGACUCGGACGCCAAUCGAAGACCAUCUGAGACCGUUUACCCGCUCGCCAAGGAGAGCUGCGUGAAGACAUGGAACUCCAUGCAAGAACUGAGCCGGGACAUCUAUGACAUAUAUGCUGAGUAUGAGGAUGAGGAGGACGAUGGUGGCCCGCUCAACUUCUCCAGGCAGAUCUCCCCCUCCAAGAAGAAUUACGUGAUCAACAUCAAUGUAGGAGGGAAGCCCUAUCAGAUCGCAUACAAGAUGGCAGCAAAGUACCCCAAGACCAGGAUAGGACGCCUGGCCACCUACACGGAUCACAACAUGAAGCUGGACUUGUGCGACGACUACAUCGUGACCAGCAACGAGUACUUCUUCGACCGGGACCCAGAGGUCUUCCACAGCAUCUUCAACUUCUACAGGACGGGCGUGCUGUGGAUCAAGGAUGAGCUGUGUCCCCGCAACUUCCUGGAGGAGAUCAACUACUGGGGCGUGAGGAUCAAAAACACCAACCGCUGCUGCCGCAUCUCCUUCGAGGAGAGGCAGGACGAGCUGAACGACCAGCUGAAGAUCCAGAGGGAACUGGAGGCCGAGGUGGAGAUAGAGGAGAAUGAGGAGCUGUUCCAUGACAUGUUUCUGGGUCAGACUCGUCGAGCCAUCUGGAACCUGAUGGAGAAGCCCUUUUCCUCCGUCAAGGCGAAGAUAAUGGCGGUGGCCUCCAGCCUUUUUGUCCUGAUCUCCCUGGUGGCCAUGACCCUCAACACGGUGGAGGAGAUGCAGUACAAAACGCACGCGGGCCACCUGAGCGGCAAGACUUACUGUGAAUACGUAGAGUCCAUAUGCAUCGCUUUCUUCACCAUGGAGUACGUGCUGCGCCUCAUAUCCACCCCUGACCUCAGGGCCUUCAGUCGAAGCGUCCUCAACACCGUGGACCUCAUCGCCAUCCUGCCUCAGUACCUGCAGGGCAUCCUGGAGUUCUUCGACAGCGAGGAGAACUACAUGAAACACGAGGCUGACAUCAAGGCGGUGGGGCAGGUGGGCAAGCUGGGGCAGGUGUUGAGGAUCAUGAGGCUGAUGCGGAUCUUCCGAAUCCUGAAGCUGGCUCGCCACUCCACCGGCCUGAGGGCGUUUGGCUUCACCCUGCGGCAGUGCUACCAACAAGUGGGCUGCCUCUUCCUCUUCAUCGCCAUGGGCAUCUUCAGCUUCUCCGCCAUGGUGUUCACCGUGGAGCACGACAUGCCGCAGACCAACUUCACCAGCAUACCACAUGCAUGGUGGUGGGCAGCAGUGAGCAUCUCCACAGUGGGCUACGGAGACGUGUACCCAGAGACAAUCCUGGGUCGCAUCUUCGCCUUUGUCUGCAUCGCGUUUGGAAUCAUCCUGAACGGCCUGCCCAUCUCCAUCCUCUUCAACAAGUUCUCAGACUACUACUCUAAACUGAAAUCCAACCAGUACACAGCCUGCCUGAAGAAACGAGGGAAGGUCAGGUUCUCCGAGAGGACCAUUAACUCGGUCAGCAACUGCUUCGGCAGCCAUCACUGAUUCCUUCUGGGAAAAUCUGAGCAGGAAAUGUGCCUGAAAAACACGUAUGGAAAGAUGGCAGCUUCCGAGCAGGAACACGGAGACAUGCAGCUUCUGCAGCCUCUCUAGCAACGCUUAGUGGUAGGAAGGAGUAAUGAAGGAGGAGAGCAUUUACUUGAAGGUAGAAAUGGAAUAAGUCUGCAAGACGCCACACAUUGACUUGUUUUCCUAAAAUAAGUCAAAAAGUUUAAGACUGAUGAUCUCUAAACUUACUGAAUACUUGAUGCUUAUUGGACUCCAUUAAAAAUGCAGAAAAAAAAUCAAAAUAUGUAUUGAAUAGGGGAUAUUUGUGUGCAUAUUUUUGUAAAAACGUGGCUUCAGUGAAGCUGAGACGAAUCUUUAAAUGUUUACAGGUUUGACUCUGUUCCUGUGAGGCCAAGAUAUGAUGUGUCAGUUAUUAUUCCUAUAAAUAAUGCUUCUGCUUUACAGAGUAUUGCAAUAAUCGCCAACGAUGCUUGUCUCAUAAUAAACUCAGAAUGUUUUCAUUGGA